AUGGGUGAGCCGGCGCAGAUGGUCAAGAACUCUCGAAAGCCGCGGCGGAGGCCAGCCCAUCUGCGCACCAAAACUGGCUGUCUGACCUGUGAGUUCGAUCCGUUUCGUGCUCCCUCAGCUUCUUUCUCGCCGACAUCCGAUAACCACAGCGUGGACGAUGAAGAAGAUGAGUUCUCUCUCAUAGUCUCUCCUCAACUUACCUCCGUCGCCUCACACACAAAGAUUCAUAGCCCUCCUCUGUUCGAUUUCAUGCGAACAGUCUUCGUCCCACAGCUUGUUCGACCCGCGACCGAUAGCCAAUAUAUCAAAGAUUUUACAAGUGGAAGUCUCCAGCUUGCGCACAGCACGCCAUUUUUCAUGGAUGCUCUCCUGGCGUGCUCUGCAGCUGAAAUCAAAGAAAAUGACGCUUUCCAUCGCAGACGAGCGGAAUCCACUACAUCAAAGCUGUCGCAGGGGAUGCGAGCCUCCCUCGCCCAGGAUGACUCUCCGCUGGCCGAAAUCAUUGCUCUGCGAACCGUUCUUAUGCUAUACAUCUAUGAGGCGAGUACCUAUUCAACACAAUGA